AUGAGGUAUAUUUUAUGGGUGGUGGCGCUGCUGGAGGCCUGUGACGUCACUCACAAUGGUCGCCAUCUUGGAUUUUACCGAGAAUUGGAAAACAGGUUAAAACCGCAAGAAAUGGUAAUUUUUGUGUUUUGCAUUAAAAAUAUCACAUAAAUAUACACUUUGCAUGAUUUUAGCCACAAGAUUUACUUUUGUUGUUGAAAGAAGUUGAAAAAACAUGAAUUUUCACCCAAAAUUGGCUUGACCACCUGCUAAUUAUGACGUCAUGUCUCGUAACCAUAGCAAUUGACCAUCACUAAACUCGUCUCAAAAUCUGCGCGAGGGAUGAACGAACACCUACUGAAAACGUCGGUGCUGAUGUUUUAUCCUCUAGGAAAAAAACUCAGAAAAACCUUAUGGGGGGCGGGGAGGAAGGCGGAAUAUGAAAGGGCAUAGCGUGGGAAAUAUAAAAAGGUGUGAAGCAGGGGAAAGAGGAGGGGGAAUUGAAAUUAUAAAGGGCCUCACGAAGGCAGUCCAGGAAAAAGGGGUGUCUUUAGGAGCCUAUCAGGGCUUCUGGCGUAUGUCAGAAAUUCAAGGUACGGUAGGCGGGAGACCUCGAUCCAAAAUGUCCAAGUUUAUUAGCUGCACUGUCUUUUACCUCUACCUUUUUUUUUAAGGUUGCCUCCCUAACUGACAGAAAUCACCAUGAGAAUCAUACAAAAAAUACUACUAGUCUGCUAGUAGUGUUGUUCUUGAUCCCACAAGUGACCAUCCUGUGCAAGCUAAUCUUUAUAAAAUUUUUCAGUCUCUCAGCUUUUGUCAGCUGUUCUUUCUGUUCUUUUUAAGGUUUUCUCUUUGUCCAGUUGACAUCGCCAUGAGACUCUCAGCCUUAUGCGCCGUGCUUAGUCUGUUGGUAGUAUUUUUCUUGAUCCCAGAAGUGACCUCAUGCUACGUAAAAGUUAAUGGAUGCUCCAUACCAGGAGACCUCUCAUUCUUCUACAAGACAAAAUUUAGACUUGCCUGUGACAAACAUGAUGUCUGCUACUACUGUGUAAGACUAAUUUUCUUU